AUGAUUCGGCCAGCGAUAGCAUCGGUUUCAUUAGGAAGGGCAUCAGCCGGGCAUGAUAUCAUCCAGAAACUUCACCAGGCUAGUCUGAACGGAUUUGAAGGCGUUGAGAUAUUCUUUGAGUGUUUGGAAGCUCUCGCCUCCACAAACCACAAGGUUGAAAAAUCACCAGACAAGCAAGAAAUUCUCGAUGCAGCUACAGAGGUGCACAGAAAAUGCAAAGAAUUGAAUCUGAAGGUCGUAUGUCUACAACCUUUUCUAUACUUUGAAGGAUUGUUGGAUGAGACACAACGGCAGCACAGGCUGGAAGACCUUGUGUUCUGGUUCGAGAUAUGUGAAAUUCUCGAAACAGAUUUAGUACAAAUUGCAUCGAACUUUCAACCUCAUGGGACUACUGGUAAUGUGGACCACAUUGUCGCAGAUCUAUCGACCGCUGCAACCCUCGGAUCACAAAGGUCGUACCCGAUCCGAUUUGCAUAUGAAGCUAUUAGCUGGGGAACACACAUUGAUACCUGGGAACAGGCCUGGGAAAUUAUCACUCGAGUCAACCUUCCAAAUUUUGGCAUGUGUCUAGAUACCUUCCACAUCGCCGGUCGCGUGUGGGCAGACCCGACCUCGGAACAAGGAUUGAAUCCUGAUGCUGAUCAUGAACUCGACCAAUCACUAAGAAGAUUGGUGGCGGAAAUGGACCCAAGGAAAAUAUUUUACGUGCAACUAUCAGAUGCUGAACGGCUGAGAAGUCCGAUGCGUCGUGGACAUCCUCUUUAUCAAGAUUCAAUGAAACCGAGAAUGUUAUGGUCGCGAAAUGCAAGGCUUUUCCCGUUCGAGGAUGACCGAAGAGCAUAUCUGCCAAUUUGGAAGAUCUGUUAUGCGUUGUUCGUUGAAAUGAAAUGGGAAGGAUGGGUCAGUGAGGAGGUCUUCCAUAAGUCAUUAUAUACACCAGGAGAUACGGUCGUGAGUGAUCUUGCUAAAAGAGCCAAGGUGUCCUGGGAUCUCUUGGAUGAGAAGCUAUCUUUGGCGGCUGGGAACUCUCAGGUCAGACAAAGGGAGAGGUUGUAG